UUGCACGUUCGAUAAAUAAUUUAAAAAAUAUUCAAUUAUUAUUUUCGCUAUUCAAUUGUUUCUAACCUAUUGUUACUACGAAAGCUGUCAAUCGAAAGGACUGUUCAACAAUCGAUGUGCAAUUCAUGAGUAAUUUGCCAGAAAAUCCCUUACGGUUCGGGAUGGCGCCUAUACGAUAUAGUCUCCAUUAUGAAGAUUAUUCUGAACAUUUGAUGUCUAGAUUUGGAAAACUACUGCAAAUGCAAUCGUUAGUCGAUAUGACUCUAAUGUGUAGCUCGCAUACUUUACGUGUUCACAAGGCCGUUUUAGCUGCUAGCAGUGCCUAUUUCCAGGAAGUCCUUCAAAAACAAACGGGAGAACCUCUAAUUAUAUUGAAAAUGCGAUUUAGUGUGCUGAAAUGUCUGGUAGAGUUCAUGUAUUGCGGGAAAACGCAGUGUUUGGAAGAGAACUUGGAUGAGUUAGUUUCUGCGGCGCAAUUUCUGAAAAUCAAAGGUCUUUCGAAAGUAACAAAAGAAGGUUUGGGUAUCACGAAUCAUAGUGAACUUCCAGUGUUCACUCCGCCAGUUGUGAUAAAUCGGCCGCCGCAAUCGCUAAUCGACUUACAUUCACAGGAUAACAACGAUCCGAAGCCACCGCAGCCGCCGCCACAGAUGGCGCCUGCGACUAGCACCAGCCAACCUCUUGAAGGUCUUGGAAGACCUAAUAAGGACAUGGUGGUACGCAUCCCCUUCGACAUAGAGAACGGUGGCGGCGGCUCAGCUGGCGUCGAGUACCCGGAUGCUCCGCGCGCCAUCAAACCGCGUCGCGGCCGACCCAGUGUCAGGUGUUUGCAGCGAGCUGGCGGCUGGGACAGCACGGGUGCGCUGGGCAGGGCAGCCGAGCGCGCGCUGCUGCGUCGGGAGCAGGACUCGCGCAAGGCCAUACACCAGCUGAAGCAUUUGCAGUCCCGGCACAUGCAGGACUACAUGGAACGAGUGACGCUGUCUCAAGCAGUAAACAGCAUCUGCGGGCCGGAAUCAUCGUCAGCGCACAACUAUAUGAACAUCGACAACGACCUCAUGUACAUGGACCAGACAGUAUCCUCCAACGUGCUGGACCCCACCAUAUCCUACUCUAAAGAACCCUCAAUGGGCAACGAAACCAUUACUUCCAGUUACUCAACAGCUACGUCCAAUCCAAAUGAUUCAAACACAGGAAUUAGCACCGCCAUGUCUCAAUACGUCAAUGCACUAAAGAGCGCAGGACUACCCACGGACUUGCCCAUACUCUUCGAAUCCGGGGACGGGUCUUACAUAAACGUGAACGAACAGGUCCUCUUAGACAUGGUACAAAGCAGCGAGAUUCAAUAUGAAGUCAUCGAACAACCUAACAUCAUUGAAAAGGUAGCCGAUCCCAGCGAAAUUAAAAGCAUAGACGAUUUGUCCAAAUCAAUCGAACGAGGAGAAAUGCUGAUGGGCUCGAAAGGAUAUUCCAGCAGUAACUACGGUAAAGACACAAAUCAAUACAACAGACAUGAAGAUGCUAUUAACAGCUUGAACUCUAUUCUACCAGACAAUUUAGAAUCAUUUGCUGAACAACAAAACUUUGUAGUGCUUGACCCUCGAUUGCAAGAAGGCAAUAACAUGGACCAAUCUAACGAUUUCUCCUGCAUUGAUGGAGACAUGCAAUUCUUCACAAAAUCUAUGAGCGACGACGUCAAGAAAUAUUACGAGGAACAACAGUUAAAUGAUGCCAGAGUUAUGGAACAACUAUGUCCUACGAGUACGACCUUGGAUACCAAUUUCAGCAUUUCUUUACUCGAUACUAAGAGUUCUCACCUAAAUGGUAACAUGGGACAGCAGUACAAUCCGCUUAACUCUGAAGAGUUAAGGAGAAACGAAGACUGCUAUGACUUUGGUCUUCAGCUACCACAAACGUCUGAUUUCAAGGAGGACGCUCUGGAUUGUCUCAUGUCAACUCCAAAGAGAAUCGAGGAUAAUCAACAACGAGCUCAAGAACGGGACGAGAUCAUUCAAGACCUAAUGAACAUCGAGAAAAACAUGAUUCAGAGUAACGAGGGAGACAAAACCAAUUUCGAUUCGAACGUGCAGGACUUCAAUGACUCUUUGAAUGUUGAUGCAGUGUUCAAUGAUGAAGGGAACGGGAUGCAAAAUGAACUUCAGAAAAAUAAAGACUCAGAAGAUUUGUCUGCCUCCAUAAGUUCUAGUGGGUUGCGUUGGGAUAAUAUGGAUAUUAGCAGUAAGGAAAAUGAAAAUACCGAAAAUGAUAUGACGGGAAACGAAAUGAGUGGAAAUCAAGGAGAGGCGACGUCAGAUUCUCAGUUUCAAGAGUCUGUUAUAGAUUUGACUGAACCAAGCAAAGUAAGUAAUGAAGGAAUGGAUUUAAUGGAUACCUCUGACGCGAAUAAAGAAAAUGAACAGAUUGAGAACAGUGGUAACAAUUUGGAAUCUGCUGUAGAAAAUGAUAUCCCAUUUGCAGUGGGUUUGCUUCCUCUAAAACAAGUUCAACCAACGGAAGAUACGAGUUUAUUGAAGAGGAAAAAUUCGAUCGAUGAUUUGUUAGAUAACGUAGACGCGAAAUGUUUGAAACGUAAGGUGAAAUAUAAGAAAUUGUAAUUAAAGAUGAAAACUUAGUUUGUUAAA